UGCCGAGGAGAGAGCUGAAACGUUUUGUUGCGGACCGCGUUGUCGCGCUCGCGCCGCCUUUUCCGAAGGGCAAGAGAGAGCGGCCGCUCCCGCCGCUGGUAUCGGUGGCACGGUGCCAGGGCUCGAGUGCGGCAGUGGCGGCCACGUUGGCGACCGCGAGUUCGUUUGGGACGGCUGAAACCGGGCGGCUGUGUUGUCUGCGGUCUGGCGGGCUGCUGGGAGACGCGAUUUCUACACUCGAGACGGGCUUUCUAAGUUUCUGCUGGCGACACCUGUGGGUUGAUUCCGCAGUCGCACCCGUUAUGAAGCAUGCACGCACUUCGUAGCUAGCUGCUGCCUACUUCUGCUGGCUGCACGAUCUACGUGCCUCGUGCACGAAGUGAGGAGCUGGUGGGUCUCGUAGCAAGAGGUGGGGGCGAUGGCGUCGUACCAGGACAGCGGCCGCAGCGUGCUGGUGGCGGUGGCCUGCAGUUGGUGCCUCUUCUGGACCAUGAUCGUGAACCGCAGCGGCGGCAUCGUGUUUGUCACCAUGAUUUCCGAGAUGGGCGCCUCGCGCCAGGCCGCCUCGUGGCCCUUCUCGCUCCUUGGCGCCGUGUCCAACAUAUUCGGUGUCGUGUCGGGAAUCCUCCUGCGAAAGCUGCCACUGCGAGCGGUUUCUAUAGCGGGCAGUCUACUGGUGGCGUCGGGCAUACUGCUCAGCGUGGCUUUCUACGGUGUCAUCGGUAUCACCCUAUCUAUUGGCAUCAUAACUGCCGUUGGUCAAGGCUUGAUUUUCCCUUCCAACAUGGUGGCCAUUAACACGUACUUCAACAAGUACCGCGCGACCGGAAGCGGCAUCAGCUACGUGGGAGGCACGCUGGUCUCCUUCAUCUUUCCUUCACUGCUGGUACACAUGCACGAGCAGUACGGGCUUCGCGGAACGCUUCUCAUCGUGGGCGGCCUGACGCUGAACGCCGCGGCUGGAUCGCUGCUCGUCGCCAAGCCUGACGAAGCGCUGAUCAGGCGGUCACCACGGCGCCAGCCAGAACGUGAAAACGGCGACAAGCUCCUUAAUCAGGCAGGCCGGACCGAAGGUCGGGGUGGGGAUGAGCUGAGCUUCUUGCGGCGGCCCAUCUACUACGUGAUCGUCUUCACGGGCGUGGUGUUCGCCUACAACCUCGUCAUGUUCAGUGUGACCGUCGUGGACCACGGCAUGGGCCGGGGCCUUUCCAAGCUGCAGGCUGCUUUACUGCUCUCGUGCUACGGCGCCGGAGAGUUCGUGGGGCGCAUAUCUUCCGGCAUCAUCUCGGACAAAAAACUGUGCCAUAGGAGGGACAUCAUGGCCGUGGGAUUCUUGCUGGCAUCAUUCUCCCUGCUGGCGCUCAUCCACGGGGACUCCCUUGUCCUGCUGGGGGCAGCCAGUGUGUUGUUUGGUCUUACUGGCGGCUGCAUCAUGAUCCUUUUCUCCGUUCUCAUGGUCGAGUAUUUCGGCCUGAAGAAGCUCCCCAUGGCCAUCGGUAUACACUGUCUGGUCAACGGUCUGUCCGCACUUCCAAGGCCACUCCUAAUAGGUUACUACAGAGACCGGGGUUCAUCUUACGCUGGCAUGUACCUGCUGCUUGCCCUCGUCUCGCUGGCAACGAGCCUGCUCUGGGCCAUCGAGUGCUUUGUGAAGUGGCGCGCCCAGAAGGCGACUGCACAUGUCAUUCAGAAGGCUGCCCCGGUGAAUGAGAUGGCAGCCUCGGAAGCAUAGCUAGGGAGUGGUUUUUGCGCAGUAAAUUCUGCACGUGCUGUGUGACCGUAAGAACAAGUGCGCCAACGUGAGGUUGCACACGCGUGCGUGACCAUGACUGCACCAAUGACCGUUCCUACCAUGAACUGUUUUCUCCGACGAACACUUUCUUCUUGCGAACGUGGCAAAGACACGGAGGGAGUAUCCGUGACUUGCAUUCAUGGAGCACAUGAAAGGAAGAACAGAAAAAAAUGAAACUUGUGUCACUUUGAACUCUUCCUGUGAUUUCGUAUUGUUGUCCGUCAGCAUAACGCUAAUAGGACACUGAUGUUCGCGUGUCUCGCCGAGUUGCUAUAGCUGAGAAAAUUAAUGAUGUUUAGUCACUGGUUUCUAUCACUGCGACUUCCCUGCUGGAUUCGUAAAUUAUAUUGUCAUAAGGCCUCGUUAAUAUAUAUCCCCAGAAGUCGUCACGAACUUCUUGCAACAGAUGAAAUUAAGCAAUGGUUGACAAAAUUUCGCUUUAAAGGUAAUGUCCAACUUAGGAAAUUCCUUUAAUCCUUUAAACCACACGGAUGUGAUAGAUGGCUAAGAGCAUUUUGAACAUAUCUCCUGCUGCUAAACCGAGAGUCAUGACAUAUGAAGCCAACAACGACUUACACCAAGGGCAACAUAGGAGAAAUUACUUGUGCAGCACAAGUAAUUUCCCCUAUGUUGUCCUUGGUGUCAAUGUUUGUUCUUAUGAUAUGACUAAUAAAAAUUGGGCCCCUCAGUUAACCCCCUUUCUUCUCGUAUAAACUAAAGAGGACAGACUGAAAACGCCCAAGUAAUCGUUUUCAUCGUUUGUCUUGCGCGAGUGCCUCUUUCUUCUGAAUAAUUUUACGUGCUAUAAUACCAGCAGUUUUCCUGCAGAAAACAGGAUUCGCCCUCAUGUUUUGCCUACCCCGUAUGAUAAUUCGCAGACAAUGCUGCAGAAGACGCGCGAGUACUGAGACCAUGAGUCUUUUCGUGCGUUUCGUAUUGCAUUUGUGUUUUAUCUGCGACGCUUCCUAAACUAUAUCUACCUCUCACAGUACCACUACAACUUGCGAAGGUAAGGCUGCGUCAACAAGCGUACUGUUUGUUUACUUUAACGCGUGCAGUAUGCGACGUGCUACGAUUUUCUUGCGAGCCCAAUCGGAGCGCUGAGGCCGCUGGUAGCAGAAGUGUCACUCGUCUUGCUUGGUUGUAAUCGUGUCCAGAUCUGGCGACUCUUUCCCUGUAAUAAUUACUUAACAAUUCGCAAAAUAAAAGUGAGAUAACUUCAUUUA